AUGGAAAUUGAUGAUUUGCGAGCAAUAAUAUAUCGUCAGGCGUUAUUCUUGAGUUCCUUAAGUUAUGAAGAUUUCCAAGACAAACAAAAUGAGAUGCGCGCCCUUUCCAAUUUGUUGAAUGAGAAUAUGACAACUCGAGAUGACGCAGAAAUUGCACUGAAAAACGCCCAAAACGCAUUGAAAACAGCUCAACAGAAUUCCACCCUUCAAAAAACGGUUGUCCCCAAAAUCCGUGCCGACAUCACUUUCACCCAACAAAAAUAUUUUCUCGCAAACCAAAAAGUCCAAAAACUCGAGAAAGAAAAACAAAUUUUAUUAAAAACAAUAGAUUCUUUAAAACUAGAACUCGACAUCCACACGGAAAUAGUCGAAUCUCUUCAACCACCCGUUCAACCCAAAAAGUCCAGAGUAAAAGAUGACUUCCUGUUUGUCGAGAUAGUUGAUCAACAAGUCAACACAAGUGGUGACCCACCAACAAGUCAAGCCUCAAACUCUUCCCUUCAAUCUUCUCAAGGCUUUAAGUCCGUCCAAUUUAAAACGAUUCAAAAAAGUGAAAUAACGAAGAGCACACCUCCUCAACAAGAGAAAGAGAGUACAUCCAACCCUCCCAUUUUUGUGGAUGGGAAAGAUGAAGUGAAAGUGUUUAAUAGGCCAAUACCAAAAGCGCAUCAUUAUCAGACUUUUAAAGAUAUCAAAACUCUCUCUCAAAGCACCGAUUUCAACGAUUUCAAAGAGAAUUUCGAAUUCCUCAAACUCGGCUUUUAUCAUGAUGAAAAUAACAUCGAGACAACAACAGACUCUAUCGCCUUUGCUGGCUUGGACGUCUUCAAUAAAGGUGCUGAUUUGGCAACCAGCACUAAAAUGGUGCCUUACAUUCAAACGGGUGGCCAUUACGUCGCCGUUGUGACAAAAAUCCCCGCCAAAAUCCCGUUCAUUAAAAAGGUGGCAAAACCAAUUUACAAGACGGCAAAGGGGUGCGAGAACGCAGCCAAAAUCAUUGAACGUAAAGAAGCUAUUAAUGAGUAUAUGGUACAAUCCGCUAUGAUGUUUCAUUCUGCUUCUAAGCAAAAUGGAUAUUUAUCAACGGUUUGUUCCACUAUUAAAUACUCAACUGUUAUGGCUUGUGAAGACUAUCUCUUCCCAACCUUCUUACCUUUUUACGAUUGGUUCCAUUAA